AUGAGGUUCUAUUCGCAGUCCUUUUUGUACGACGAUCCCUGGUCAAUCGUUUCGCUGGCGUUCUGCUUGAGAUACCCUAACCCAUACGCCUCUCAUAUUCUUUCUUGCGAUGUCAUCUCGCGCGCCAUAAACACCUCGGGAUCCCUCUUGACCACUCGCCUGAUCUUGAAGAGCGGUUCUCUCCCAAGAUGGGCUCCGAAGGGAAUCAUUUCCAGGGCUGAAAGCUGGGUCAUUGAAGAGAGUGAGGUUGAUCCACUUGGGAAGGUUGUGAGGUGCACAACCACGAACCUCGACCAUGUGAAGGUUAUGCGUGUGGAGGAGCGUGUCCGUAUCCAACAGCUUCAAGAUGGUAAAACACUGCAGAACACGGAAGCCAGGUUCCUCUCCGGCUUUGGGUGGGGUAUGACAAAACGAAUUGAAAGCCACGGGGUAGCACGCUUCAAGGCGAAUUUACAAAGGUCUCGUCAGGGAUUCUACGUCAUCUUGAAUCUGAUCCGCCAGUCACGCAUGCAGCCUAUGGCUCUGGGUAUGGCUGACUCGUUUGUCGAGUCUCACACCCUCCCAGAGACCAGGUUGGGCGUGCAGAACGAACCAAACAUCAGCAGGGAUCGGGUUUACGACUUUCACGCGUACGCUUCCGCGUCGAGGCGGACGAAGUCAGCGUACUUCCAAGUGCCUACUACCAUCACAUCAUCGGCGGUCUGCAGCCCCAUGUAUUUCCCCACCUCGGCUGCGAGACAACUCUCUAGUGCACCCGCUUUACCAGUUCCUGCUGAACCUGUCAUCUGUCUCUCACCUAGUCCGCGAAAAAGUCUUUUCUGUACUCUGACAAGAAGUGGCGUGUCUGCAUGGCGCAUUCGACCAUCCGCUGCGCUCGCAUACUUGUCGCGGACACCGACAUCCGUGCAGGAACAUGGGGAGAAUCUCUCUCUGAACUGGGCACCGAACGGGAGGCAGAUUGUUAUACAGACUACGCGAUCAUAUCUGGUUCUGGUCUCGGUCGAAUAUAGUCCAGAUGAAGCACCAUACCAGUCCUCGUCACUCGGUAGCACUGCUCAGCGGCACUUCCAACCCGGCUCCGGUGAGGCCGUCAUCCUACAAGGAAUUAGCCUCCAUCUAGAGGGUGCCAUCAGGAUAGAGGGUUCUCUUCUCAGUGUUUCUGCUCGGAGUGAUUGUAUACUGUUCUCCACGAAGAGUCCGCCUUCAGUCCAGCGCAUUCCGUGGCCUCAUGUCCAUGAAGAGGUAACUGUGAAUGGAGGAGCUGCACUGGGUAGAAACUUUCAGACUUGGAGCGUGAAUGAGAAUGAGCUCCCCUGGCUGGUGGAUGCUGAUGUUGCGGUUUCCAAGAUAUCGCACUCGAAGUCCACGGGGUUUGAGUGUUGGAUAACCACCGACGGCAGGGCGUACCUGGUCCAACAGUUCGACAGUGAGAACAUUCCUCAGAGCUCAUCAGAUGUCAGCGAGGUUCCAGAAGAAUCGCGCUCGAGUGCCCAUACCGACGGGCCAAGAGGCUCAGGGAAUAGCGUCGAUGCCGAUCGACGUAUCCAGUGGCAGGGCACCUGCAUCCACAAUGUCGUCCCACCCCGGUGGGUGCAGAAACGGCGCCGAACGGAUGACACAGUACUUCCAUAUGUAGAGCCCAGACAGGCGAUGGUCGUUGCAAUUAACGCCAAGUUCUCGUUGAUUGCCAUUGGCACGUACAGCGGAUCCGUCGAAUACUCAAAUUUCCCUUCACAGGAGAGCCUUUCUCCGAAGGCGCAGGUGCUCCAGAUACCAAGCAUGUACACACGAGAAGGGACAGGUCCGGUAUGUGCCAUGGAGUGGAGCUCUGAUGGGUAUGUGCUUGCAGUAGGCUGGCAGAACGGCUGGUCUGUCUGGAGUGUUGGCGGUCGUUGCCUGGCGUGGGGGUUCGGUGCAGAGCAUGACGUAGAUAAGGCGAAGUUCCAGGAUGCAUUCAUGUAUGGAGUAGACGACCUGUUCUGGGCUCCAGGCAACUUCGAGUUGGUCGUGUUGGCGCAGUGCUCCCCAAACAAGGUAGAUGGCCAACUAUUCGUGAUCCCCUUUGCCAAGAGUGCCACGACGGGUCAACCAUCACCUGAUAGUACGCAAUAUGCAUUCUUACAUAUGGACGAUCGCAUCCUUGUGUAUCGCGGCGCUGAUCAGCCUGACAUGAGCGUAAUCAAUCCUGAGUCUGAUGUUUGGCAACAUAUAAAGAUUCCUGAAGCCUACAUGUCUGCGAAUUGGCCCAUACGAUAUUCUUCUCUGAGCCCAGAUGGACGUUUUAUUGCCAUCGCAGGUCGUCGCGGUCUGGUUCACUACAGCUCUACGUCCGGACGGUGGAAGAUAUUCUCGGACGAAUUCCAGGAACAGGCGUUUUCUGUCAGGGGCGGUCUCCUUUGGUUUCACCAUGUAUUGAUUGCUGCAGUAGACAUUUCAGGCGCAUACCAGAUCCGGUUGUAUUCACGCGAUCUCGAACUCAGCAACCAGAACGUGCUGCACCGGGAGUUGCUGCUUUCCCCUGUGGUCAUACUCUCAUUAGUCGACAAUUCGUUGCUCGUGUAUACUGCAGACAACACGCUGUAUCAUUAUCUGGUAGUGCCUACUGCUGACACGAUCAAACUUCAUCUCUGCGGAAGUAUCACCUUCAGGGGCAUCAUCGUGGCUCCGAGUGCGGUCAGAAUGUUAAGUUGGAUGAUACCUACUGCGCAGAAACAGCUUGGUGAUCCUGUGGAUGAUCUCGCUGUUGCAACAGUCCUGAUGAUCGUUGGCGGCAAGCUCGUUCUCCUUCGUCCAAGAAGGUCAGGCGAUCAAGAGGUCAAAUACGACAUGCGCAUUCUUGCAGACCGUAUUGAGUUCUGUUGGAUACAUCUUCGCGGCAUUGGCACUCUGGAGAACUCCCUUUGGGGCUUCGACGGUGAAGGUAUACGAUUGUGGCUCAAUGCCUUGAACAUCGAAUCCUCCGCGCCUCAAGCGGACAAAACGAACGUUUCAGAAACGGUCAAGGAAAGCGUUAACAUACCACUCGACUUCUAUCCGCUCUCUGUUUUGAUGGACAAGGGUAUUAUUAUUGGCGUGGAACAAGAAAUUUCUAUCAGGUCAAGCAUGGCUUUUACAAUGUUCAGGCAUGCCACGUGUUCACAUUUGUUCAUGCAUCACGUUUUGUUGUUCCACCUGGAGAACAGUCAGCUCAAAGAGGCCGUUUUCUUUGCUUCCCAUUACCAGCAUCUUGUUUUCUUUGCGCAUGCAUUGGAGAUCCUCCUGCAUAGCGUAGUCGAAGAAGACGCCGGCGUCUCACGUGAAGGCGACAGUUCAGUGGGGUCGAGGACCCUUCUUCCAAUCACCAUUGAAUUCCUGGACCACUUCGACGCGGCGUUGGAUGUCGUCGUGGGAUGCGCUCGCAAGAUCGAAAUGACACGAUGGCCACGACUCUUCGACGUAGUAGGGAACCCAAAAAUCUUGUUUGAGAUGUGUCUCACUUCUCAUCGUCUCAAAACCGCUGGGUCGUAUUUGCUUGUUUUGCACAACCUAGACCAGCUCGAUGGGAACAGUAUGAACGGGGACGCUGCUCGGCUACUCAAGAGCGCAGUUACUGUGAAGGAUUGGCAAUUGUGUCGAGAGAUUUUGCGCUUUCUGCACUCCAUAGACGAGACUGGGACUGCAUUGCGUACUGCCCUAGCAGAAGCUGGGAUAAUUGACUCAUCUGGCGGUACUAAUGGUGACAUUACUACACGGACUACGGUGAACUCCUGUUAA